AUGCUCAUCAUAUUGAUUUAUCGAAACUGGAAAGAGCUCGGCGGCUCUUUCUUUCAAAUCUACAUUGUCGAUUAUUUCGUGAAUCUUCUGACAUUUCUCAACUCAUUUGUGACGCUGAGAAUCCCACAAAACACUUGCAAAGAGUGUUUAUUCGCGCCGGUGUUCGAUCGAUAUCCCGAGUCGAUGGAAGACGUUUCGAUCGUUCUCAAUGUCUGCCAUACUUUGCAUGUUCACAUGGCUUAUGUCCAAUAUUUGAUGACAUUUUUAACCGCGUUAAAUCGAUUCACUAUGAUCUACUCAUUCCAUUCACUUACAAUUCUUGAGACGAAAAUCUCAACAGCUGAAAAGAACCUUCUCUUCUCAAGCUCAAUCUCAUUUCUUAUUCAGGUUUUCGCUGGUGUUAAUACGCUCGUAAUUUACUAUUUAAUAAAUAGUUCCAACUUGAACACAGUUUGGGCGAAAAUUACGGACCAAUUAUCUCCAUACGUCAGCGAUGCUCUAACAUUAUGUCAACCAUGGGCACUGCUUUUCUUCAGUUCGAAAAAUCUUGUGACAUUUUUGAAUUCAUUUAUAACGUUGAGAAUCCCACAGGCAACUUGUAAAGAAUGUCUAGUUGCCUCAAUUUUCGAUCGAUUCACUUCGACAAUGGAAAAUAGAUCGAUCAUACUGAAUAUUUUCCACACAAUUCAUGCUCACAUGGCCUAUGUUCAAUAUGCGAUAAUCCUUCUAUCAACAGAUCGUUCAAGAAUAUACGCGCAUCUGCUUGUCUACAUAUUGAUUGUCACUUUACUCACCACAGUAUGCAAUCUCAUCUCGUUCGCUCGACUCACAGUGUUCUCAAUUAAAAUCUCGACAGGUGAACGAAAUUUGGUCCUCACGAGUUUUGUCACCUUUCUUGUACAAUUAUUGGCCGGCGCGAACACGCUGGCUUUGGCAUUUUUAGUCGAUGAAUCGAAUGCGAACACAUUCUGGGGUCAGAUUCCUCAAACAUUAUCCCCAUAUGUUAGCGAUGCUCUCACAUUGUGCCAACCUUGGGCCUUACUCAUUUUUAGCAAAAAAAUCAGAGAUUCAUUCAUUAAGACUUAUUUUGGAUUCACCAAAACUCCUGUGAUGACAAUUCAAGUCACAUCACGAGAACCUAAUUCACAUCCUGCUGUUUUGUCGUCGCUAGACUAG